GGAGGAGAAGGAGGAGGAAGAAAACAAUUAGCAAUGAAUUUUCUUAUAUAUUCUUUACAGCCUUGCCUGUGUUAUCAGAUAAGACAUCUUGUUCAGACUGGUACGGCCUAAAUUACACUUUGCCCAUGUUCCAAAAGUGUAAGAUGAUGCGACUCAAGGAUGGCAGCAUGGUGCAGAGCAUCCCCAAACUCAUCCCUUUCCCUUCUGUCAUCGGCGGGUGCCACCAAAGGAAGAGUAAAGAAGGGAUCCCGGGCGGGCAUAGAAUAUGCAGAAUCCCAUAUUGUGACGAAAACCUCUGUAACAACGGCUGGUGUGAAGAGACUAUGGUAGGCUACAACUGUACCUGCUCAAGUGGGUUUCAAGGGAGACACUGCGAUGAAAUGAUCAUACAGUCAACGACGGAAGCGACGACCAAGCCUACGAUGAGCCCUACGAGUACAAUAUCGGAACGCUCAUACACAACGACUUCCCAAAACACCACUACGUCUAAGUCGGUGACAACGGAAGCGAAAACCAAGUCCGCGAUGAGCCCUACGGCCACCGUGAUGCCAGAACGAUCAGAGGCAACGACAUCGCAAGAAACCACCACCUCAAUCAGCAGAAUUAUCGACUACGGACGUGGCGACCAAGACAUCUACGAGGCCUAUGACCACGGUGUCAGCCACAACGACAUCGCCAGAAACCACCGCUACCACAUGCUCAUCCCCUCCGGUGGAUUGUGA